CUUAUUGGUGCACGUCUGAACUUCAGUCGUAGAAGUUGAACAGUGCAGGCUAUCAUUUGCGAGCGUCAGUUUCCAAAUCGAGGCAUGGUGAGAUAUAUUACCUCACUAAUAUAUUCGUGAAUUUGUCGUUUGUGUUUGAAAAUUCAUCGAUCUUCAUCAACAUGGCUCAACCAUUGCAAAAUGUGUCAAUCGCUCCAGUCAUACCAGUGUUCGACCAAAACAGUUCCGAAUACGCAGCAAUAAUGGUGGCAAUCAAGUAUGAUCACAAACGCACUGCAAAAAUUAUACUAAAUAAUCCAUCAUCUAUGAUCAUAUCAAAAUUACAAGAGAUUUUAGUCGCCGUAGUUAUUACGAGACCUGGAUGGACGGACGUGAUUGAUCAAUUGUUCAAGGUUGGAGCUAAACCUGAAAUGCAAAAUGUAAAUGGAGAUACUAUCUUGCAUGUCGCCUUCAACAAUCCUACUUCGUAUAGCAUUGUUGAUUCACUGCUAAAACGUUAUCUAAGCAGGAGCUACUUGAAUCUUGCGAACUUCAAAGGUAUCAGUAUUUUACACAUCGCCUGCACGAGACCAGACAUGGAUGUUAUCGGACAAUUGCUUGAUGCUAAUCCUCCUGACGCGAUUCAUACGAAAGAAGAGUCCGAACUUACUCCCUUGCAUUAUGCAGUGAUGUGUGAUAGACUUGAAGUAACUAAUUUCCUUAUCCAACGUGGAGCUGAUAUUUACGAAGUAGAUGGCAACAGAUCAACACCGCUACAUUGGGCACUCUAUCGGCGCAGUGUUCCGAUUAUCGACUUGCUUCUAUCGAUGGAUUCGCGAAAAACAAAUUUGACCAAUGUUCACGGUCUGUCGCACUUCAUGGCAGCGUGCGCGGGCAGCGAUGAAACAGUCGUCGAGUAUUUUCUCCUUAAUGGACGUUCCAAAGACUUGGUCAAGAAUAAAGUUUUCAAUUGUGAUUAUUUUACAGAUUAUACCCCUUUGCACUUUGCCGUUCAAUUGGGCCGUUAUAAAACUGUUGAACUGCUUCUUCAUGAAAAAGCUAAUUGUUGUGCUUCUGCUUAUAAUAACCUUACGCCACAUGCACUCGCUGAAUUCAGAGGAAACAAGCGUAUAAGGGAAUUAUUGCAAAAACACUGCUUGGAAAAAAAAGGAUUGAAAAUGAUAUCUUAGUCCGGAUUUUCAUCAAUGGGCUCAAAAAUACAAGUAAUCGUUUCCCACAAAGAGUUUUUACGAUCAAACGUCUUUAUAAUAUGUAUAACAGUUUCAUCCAGAUGCAAUUUAACAAUAAACUUUGUUAAACUUGAGUCUAAAGGAAAAAGUGUUUGGACUGAUUUCGAUUAAGAGUAAUAAAUAACUUUGAGACCUUCGUAUUUAAGUGGGAACGAUUGGACGAUUGGAAAAACUGAGGCGAUUUCAAGAUUAAGCCACUUGUAGGUCAUAGGUUAUUUGUAAUUAAACUUUUAUUAACGUUAUUUGUAAAAAUAUUUUUUUAUUAUUUGUGAAUAACCAUAAUAAAAAUUUAAAAAAUGUAUAUAUUCAAUGCAACGCGUGUGAAAUAUUUUUAUUGAAAAUCUAAAAAUAUAUUAUUCUAGGUUUUAAUUUGUAUUGCUAGUUUUUAACAGAAAGCCAUUUGAAAUAUCCUAAUAAUACCUGCUACUUAUCUGUGACAAAAAAAAUUAAUAUGAAACAGAAAAAAAU